GGCGGGGUUCCGCGUCUCGGCCGUGCUGCCCCGCCCGCGCGGGCGUCUUGUCGGCGUGCCCGGCCCGCGUCCGUUUCCUUGGGAGCGGCGGAGGCGAGGCCCCGGGGCGAGGCCGGCCUCGGGACUGCUCCGUGGGCGGCUCGAGGCCGAGUCCCCGCCGCGCUCCCGUCUCGCUCCGCGUCUCGGCGCGGUCGGGUGCUCGCGUGUCGAGGCGUGCGGCCGGCCCCGAAGCCCUCCGCGGUUGCCGCUGGUGCUCGCGCCCGCACGGGCCUCCUCGCCGCGGUCUCUCUGCUGGGGGCGGCGCUGCCUACGGCGCGGCCCUGCAGCCCCGUCCUCGCUGGGGCCCGGCGCCUCUUGCAGUCUCCAAAAGCAGUCCGGAGUGACUCCCGAGCACAGAGCCAGGACUAGUCUCGGGGCGCCGCAGGGUCUGGCCGAGGAGCCCCCCGCCCCUCCCAGGUCCUUCUCUCCCGUCCUUGGACCCCCUCCUCCCCCCCCGCCCAGCUUUACAUCCUCUCCCGUGGUCUUUGGCCGCCUGCUCCUAGGCAGCAGGCUUCCAUCAUUAGCCAUCGUCCACUCAUGCUGAUAACCAUAGCGUCAGGUCAUUUUGGAGGAUCCCGCCCGCACCGCCGGGCCUGGCAAGCUCCCCGUGGCGUGUUCGGUAUGCCAAAAACAGUCACAACAAGCCUCACACUGGAGACAUUACUGGUGCCCGCUGGAGCAAAUCGAUGAGCAACGGGAUGACAGUGAUACAGUGAUUGAGCUUAUGAAAAUUCUUUGUUCAGUUCUUGUGCGACUCAAUAUGAUGCACUUUCUCCUUCCCUGUAUGACAGGUGUGGCUGACAGCGCUGCUGAUUCCUGCCGUGUAUCGGUUGGCGGUGGGGCGGGGGUCCUCCCAGCGCGGCUGGUUGGCAGCCGGGGCCCGGAUGGCGAGGUGCUGGGCCGUUCGUGCUGUGCUGCUUGGGGAAACAGCUUUUUCCAUGCCGCCAUCUCUUCCUGUGUGCGCUCAACAAACUUCUCACCACCAGUAGACUCGCUGUUUGUAUUGGGCUGCAGUUACCAAAUACCUAGAAAACUUUCGGUUUCUUGGUCAAAGCUCUACGGCCAUAAUGACUUCAACAAGUAAAGCAGUUGAAUUACAACUUCAAGUGAAACAAAAUGCAGAAGAAUUACAAGAUUUUAUGAGAGAUUUAGAACAUUGGGAAAAAGAUAUUAAACAAAAGGAUAUGGAACUCAGAAGACAGAAUGGGGGUCCUGAAGAGAAAUUACCACCUAUUCGAAAUGGGAAUUUUAGGAAAAAGAAGAAAGGCAAAGCUAAACAAUCUUCUAAAACAACCAAAGAUGAAAAUGCAAAAAACAGAAUAAAGUCCUAUGAUUAUGAGGCUUGGGCAAAACUUGAUGUGGACAGUAUCCUUGAUGAGCUUGACAAAGAAGAAAGUACUCAUGAUUCUGUGUCUCCAGAAUCAGAGUCAGAAGAAGACGGAAUUCACAUAGACUCACAAAAGGCUCUUGCUUUAAAAGAAAAGGGCAAUAAAUACUUCAAACAAGGAAAAUAUGAUGAUGCAAUUGAAUGCUACACCAAAGGCAUGGAUGCUGAUCCUUAUAAUCCUGUGUUACCAACGAACAGAGCGUCAGCAUACUUUAGAUUGAAAAAAUACGCUGUUGCCGAGUCUGAUUGUAAUUUAGCAAUUGCCUUGAAUAGAGAUUAUACAAAGGCUUAUGCCAGACGAGGUGCCGCUCGCUUUGCUUUGCAAAAAUUAGAGGAUGCCAAAAAAGAUUAUGAAAAAGUUUUAGAGCUGGAACCAAAUAACUUUGAAGCAACAAAUGAACUGAGGAAAAUUAAUCAGGCGUUAACAUCCAAAGAAAAUUCUUAUCCAAAGGAAGUUGAUCCCGUCAUUAAGUCAACUGAAGAAGAGAAAAAAGUAGAAGAGAAACAGAAUAAGCAGCAGGCUCUGUCACAGAAAGACCUGGGAAAUAUAUUUUUCAAAGAGGGAAAAUAUGAAAGAGCAAUUGAGUGCUAUACUCAGGGGAUAGCAGCAGAUGGCACCAAUGCUCUUCUUCCUGCUAAUAGAGCGAUGGCCUAUCUGAAGAUUCAAAAGUAUGAAGAAGCUGAAAAAGACUGCACACAAGCUAUUUUUUUAGAUGGCUCAUAUUCUAAAGCUUUUGCCAGAAGAGGAACUGCAAGAACAUUUUUGGGCAAGUUAAUUGAAGCCAAGGAAGAUUUUGAAACUGUUUUACUUUUGGAACCUGGAAAUAAGCAAGCUCUAACUGAACUUUCCAAAAUUAAAAAGGAAUUAAUUGAGAAAGGACACUGGGACAAUGUCUUUCUUGAUUCAACACAAAGGCAAAAUGUGAUAAAACCAAUUGAUAAUCCAUCUCAUCUUGGAUCAGCUAAACCACUCAGGAAGAUUAUUAUAGAAGAAACUGGUAAUUUGAUACAGACUAUUGAUGAGCCAGAUAGUACUGCGGCUCCUCCAGAGAGUAAUCCUAUUAAUCUAGCAAAUGUCAUAGCAACCACAGGCACAACAAAUAAGAAGAAUUCAAGCCAAGAGGAUCUUUUGCCCACAAGUGAUGUUCCAAAAGCAAAAGUAUUAAAAAUAGAAGAAAUCAGUGAGACGUCAGCCAUUCAACCUCAAGUCAGCUUGAGGCCGAAUGCGUGUCAGGCAUUCAGUGAGAAGAUCUCUACAGAGCCGGACAGAGGCCUGGCUCCGUGCGUCACAGCUGUUCUUCCUCCAGUUCCUGCAAACUCUUUCCAACUUGAGUCUGAUUUCAGACAGUUGAAAACUUCUCCAGAUAUGUUGUAUCAGUAUUUGAAGCAAAUUGAACCAUCCCUAUAUCCUAAGUUGUUUCAGAAAAAUCUGGAUCCAGAUGUAUUCAACCAGAUCAUUAAAAUUCUUCAUGACUUUUACAUUGAGAAAGAAAAACCAUCGCUCAUCUUUGAAAUUUUGCAAAGACUUUCUGAAUUACGACGAUUUGAUAUGGCUGUGAUGUUUAUGUCAGAACCUGAGAAAAAAAUUGCACGUGUAUUGUUCAAUCACAUAGAUAAAUCAGGAUUGAAGAAUACGUCUCUUGAAGAACUCAAGAAAAGAUAUGGUGGUUGACUUUCCACUUUUACUGAAGUUAGUUACCUUUGAUUGUAAUAAGAAAAUUUUUUUCUACUGAAAAUAGUGUGUGUGGCUUUUUAAGAAAAUGGUAUCAUACAGAAAAGGACUGGAUAUAAUUAACUGUAGAGUGAGUUGUAAUUGAAAAUUGAAGUGUACUUGAGUGAAAUAUUUAAGUCUUAUUCUGAAAAUAAAACUCAGUAAUAAAAUGUA